GCGAUAACAUCGUUACCGGAGCAGCUCCGGACCGUUCGUUGCGUGGCGUGUGCGCGUUCUGUAAACCGGAAUCGGUAGUUCGCAGUACGUGCGGGAUGGUGGCGCUAUGGUCGAGUGUAUGCCUUGUUCAAUGUGAAGGAUCGCAAAAUUGUUGCAUUCUGGGACCCGCUGGAGAAGUGCGCGGUUUUGCCACCGGUAAUUCUUGUGAUGCUGACGGUUGGGAUCGAAAAUUCGUUUGAUUUGUGAUUUCAUGAAAUCUGGUGAAUGGAAAAGCCUUUUCAGCUAAAUGCCGUAGAAGUGUUUCUGGGCGAAUGGAAAUAUAGUCCAACUGCAGUGGCAGCAAGGUGAUUUAUCCAAUGAGAUAGAAAUUGCAUUCGGUACGUCUGUAUUUUGUGCACUAUUGUGUAUUGGAGCUGUGUACGGAAAGGUCACAGGGUGUAAUGCGAUUCGCUUAUGAUCUAUGUGUGUUUGGAUGUGGUUAGUCUGUUGCUUAAUUUGAUGUGUGUAGUGGGAUUUUAGUGGCUAAUUAUUGUGCUCGAUGUGGAGUUGCAUGAUAUUUGAUAGUGAGUGAAGUGGAACAACGAAUAUCUGGCACAUUGUUUCUCUGAAAAGCUGUGCUGCUUUGUGGCAAAUACGAAGGUUUAGGAUUUCAAACGGCCUGCAUGAUACGCCUAAUAACACAAAUUAUACAGAAUAUUACACCCCAAAAUACGUUCUAAGCCAAGACGGGAGAACCCGGACUGUACAGAGACUGGUGCAAAAAGGAUGGAGACCAAUCUAUCAUCCAUUCUGUUCGAAUCAUUCUACGGUGGUAAUGUAUCGAUAUUGGAAAACUACACGACAGAUUCCCUGCCCGGGGCAAUUGUCACCCCUACCGAAAUGUCACAUCUACUGGGGCAUGGCCCAACCGUUCCGGGCGCUUUAUUCCCUGUUAAUACAGCGUGGGAGAACAUUUCCCAGUUCCAUCAGCGCCUUCCGCUCGUCACCUACCUACCGAUGCUGGCAACGGCAGCUAAGAAUAUUAUCGAAGCAAACAUGGCAACGAAUGGAACUCUGUCGAUGGAACACUGCGUUCUGAUGAACGUAACCUUUGACCCCGAUGGCACUAGCAGCAGCCAUCCGGGGAUCAUUUGUCUGCCCCACGCGCCGACACUAUCCAAGUCCGGUGUGAUCCGAGUGAUUGUCUUGUCGGCGAUGGCCAUGGUAUCGCUGCUGGGCAAUAUAGCUACCAUGUGCAGUAUCCAGAGAGACCGCAAAACCCGGCGACUGGCCCGGCACAACUGGAGUGCGAUAUACUCGCUAAUAUUUCAUCUCUCGAUAGCGGACCUGCUGGUGACCGGGUUCUGUAUGAUUGGUGAAGCCGCCUGGAGCUACACGGUCGAAUGGAUGGCCGGGAUGGUGGCCUGUAAACUGUUUAAGCUGCUGCAAAUGUUCAGUCUGUACCUGUCCACCUACGUGCUGGUGCUGGUCGGCGUUGAUCGCUGGGUUGCAGUCAAAUAUCCAAUGAAGUCACUUAAUACGGCUCGUCGCUGCCAUCGCUACCUACUCGGGGCCUACACGGUCUCGUUUGUGCUGAGCAUUCCGCAG